AUGCUCGAAGCCAGACUUCAAAACGCCGUCGUUCUUAAACGCGUUUUCGAGGCUAUGACGUGUCUCGUCAGUGAGGUGAAUUUAGACUGCGACGAAUCGGGACUCAAAUUGCAGGCAAUGGACCAGUCCCACGUAGCUCUUGUGUCUUUAAAACUUGAAGACGUGGGUUUUCUUCACUACCGCUGCGAUCGCCCUCGUUCUCUUGGAUUAAAUAUGGCGUCAGUGGUGAAGGUCUUCAAGUUGUGCAGCUCUCAGGAUACAGUGUCUGUACAGAAUGAAGACGAGGGAGAUAUGAUAACAUUUGUAUUUGAAAACAAUGCUGAGGAGAAGACCUCUACCUUUAGUUUGCGUUUGAUGGGCAUAGAGCAGGAGUCUUUGGGAGUCCCUGACGAAGAAGAAGGCGACGUAGAAAUAACAUUUAGUGCGAAAGAAUUUGCUUCAAUUGUAAAUACACUCAAAGAGUUCAGUGACUCUGUGCGUAUUGAUGUAGAUAAAAACGGAGUCAAAUUUAUUACAAAUGGAGAUAUAGGAGGAGGCGAAGUGGUAUUAAAACCAAGAGAGGGAAAUUCUGAUGAUGAUCUCGAUGUUGGAGUUGAUAUUAAAGUUAAUCACCCUGUCAGCCAGACGUACGCUGUCAAAUAUCUUGUAUUCUUCUCGAAAGCUGCAUCUUUGAGCAAUUGUUGCAAGUUAUCUUUAACUGCACAUCGACCAAUUGCUGUUAAAUUUGAUAUCUUAGACCCAAUUCAGGGAGAAAGCCGCAGUGCUGCCCCUAAGCUCGGUCAUUUCAAGUUCUACUUGGCCCCGAAAAUGGAUGAAGAUGAAGUUGAACAAAAUGCAGCAGAAGACAUGCAAACAGAAGGACCCAAGCCUGAAGGGCACAUCAAACCAGAAGAAGAUGCAGACAACUGA